AAGUACUUCAGUACUCAGAGUAUCCUCAGGUAAAAGUACUCAGUGUUUUCCUGUUGGUUCAUUUGAGCUGCAGGCUGCUCAGAUCAGGUGGUCACGUGUUGAGAAGAAGUGACUGACAGCAGUGGAAGUGUGAGAAUCUAAAGCUGUCGUCUUUCAGUGAUUCAGGUCGGACUCGUCUGACGGCAGCAGCUCUCCUGUCUGAUUAAAUUCAUCAGCUGAUGAGAGGAUGACUGACGCAGACUUCCUCGUGCAGAUGCUUCGUGUUUGGCUGCAGUUCAGAUGUGACACUCGUCAACCUCGACUCUGAAAAACUACAACAACAAUGGUCGCUUUGUGUCAGUCACUGCUGCAGUCAGGACUUCAGUGCAGAACACACGUAUAUAUUUAUAUGUACAGUACAUACAGACUGUACUUGUACUUGAGUAUUUACUACACCUGGAGGUAAGUGACUUCUUCAUUUCCUGUUCACCUUCCUUUUACUUUGUUUAAAAAAGUCUUCAAACCCUCCCAGAGUGAAAAUCCUUUGUCUCUUUGUUUCUCUGAGUUUUCCUGAAAUCUUGGCGCUCGCAUUGACUGAAGGGAAGCUGUGUUUGGGUUGUAAAGGUCAGAGGUCUUCCUGAGCUUUCAAGCACGCUCCAUGUCUUCAUGCAGUGGACUCGUCCUCGGCAGUGGCAGCAUAGAGUGAGCUCAUGUCGCUAAUCCUCUUACAGUAAUGCAGCUGCUGCUGAGCUCGACACGACGGACGCUGCUCGUGCAGACAUUCAGAACCGGGACGGGACUUUUGGACGCUUCGUGAUCGUCCUGAGCCGAGUCAGAGAUGCUGGGCGGAGAUCUGGUGGCCGUGUGGGAGGUGGCGCUGAGCGACGGCGUUUACAGGAUCGAGUUCUCUCAUGGCACGACCACCGGGAAACGUGUGGUCUGCGUCAAUGGACGGGAAGUGGUCAGAAAAGACUGGAUGUUCAAGCUGGUUGGAAAGGAAACGUUCACGGUGGGAAGCGCCAACACCAGAGCCACCAUCAACAUCGAGGCCUUGAGCGGCUUCGCCUACGAGUACACGCUGGACGUCGGCGGCAAGAGUCUGCAGAAGUUCAUCGACAACAAGGCCCACACCACCAAGACGUGGCUGCUGAAGGUGGACGGGGAGGACUGCAGGGUCGUGCUCGAGAAGGACACCAUGGACGUCUGGUGCAACGGGCAGAAGAUGGAAACCAUGGGAGAGUUUGUGGACGACGGCACAGAGACGCACUUCAUGGUCAGGGAGCACGAGUGCUGCAUCAAGGCGACGAGCGGUGGGAAGAAGAAGAACGGCAUUGUUCACUGGUUACUGAUGGACGGGGAGAAAGUAGCAGCUCUGACACAAUAGAGCCGGACCGGCCCGUCAGAACAGGACCGGCCCGUCAGAACAGGACCGGCCCGUCAGAACAGAGCCGGACUGUCAGAUCAGAGCCGGACUGUCGGAGUGUUCACACACCAUGACCACACUCUGAACUUUAACAGCCUUGUUUCUGUAGAUGCAGUGAAUGAACAUGCACAUGCUUUUAUUUUGUUUGCAGCUUUAUUUUGAAAGGGGCACUCAUAUGAAGUGACUUCCGCUGUCAGAAUCAUCAAUUAAAACAAAUCGACACAUUUCCGUUGCAUAAAUCUUUGUUGCGCAGCUUCCACGCAGCCAGUGUCCUCGUGAAUCCCGCAGCAGAAUCCCGCAUCAAGCACGCGGCAUUCGGCCAGAGAAGGACCGGAAGAAGGGAGGUUUGAUGUUCAAAAUAAAAGCAUCAAAUAACAUGCGCAGUAAACAUGAAGUAAAACAAACGAGUUUGAAGUUUAAUAUAACAAUAGUUACAUUCAGGUUGUCUGGUUUGUAAUAAUAUGUAAUGAGUGUAAUUCAUUUUAUUUAUAUGUAUUAAAAUGAAAACAACACAAAAUAAAAUAUUUAUUUUACAGGCUGA